CGCAAGUUUGAUCACUCGAAUUGCUACAAAAUUUCACGUUUGGUCAUUCGAAUUGAUUUAUUCCAUUCGUAGUCACUUAAAUUAGUUGAACAGUCCAAAUUUGGUCACUCUCCGUUAACCUCCGUUAGACUCUGUUAGUGUCGUCAGUUAACUGCUGACGUGGCUAACAGAGAUGCCUAGUCACCGAAAGCCACGUCAGCAGUUAACUGACGACACUAACAGAGUCUGAUGGAAGUUAACAAAGAGUGACCGAACUUGGACUGUUCAACUAAUUUAAGUGAUUACGAAUGAAAUAAAUCAAUUUGAGUGACCAAACGUAAAAUUUUGUAACAAUUCGAGUGAACUGCUAGCCUUCCUUUAAUUUUCACCCUAAUAUCUUUUUCAAUUUUCUACCGUUUUUCAUCCUUCCCUCCUUCCUUCGGCUUCGCCUUCCCUCUCCCUCUCUAGUUCUUAGCAAAAAGUUUUCUCUCACUGUUUUCCCGAGAAACAAAAAGAGACCUUGUCUAUCUGAGUCAUCACCUUGUCUAGAUCUGUGACUGCAGAGAGAAAGAGAGCGCGCCGAGAGACGAGGCGGCGGCGGCGGCCGCCGGUUUAUUACUCUAACUAAAAACCCAUUUCCAGGUAAACGAACAACCUUUUUCUCCUCCAUUUAUACUUCUUACAGCCCGAAAAAUGAAAACCCCCAUUGAAGUGGAAGAAGAUAUACUCGCACAGAAAUGAAAUCGCGUUUAAGCUUUGCUUUAAGUUUGUUGGGGGUCUGUAAAUGUUGUUCCGAUGAUCGCCCGCCACACCUACGGGUUAGAUUUUUCUCUUGCUGUGUUGUUCCUCUUUUGCUUUCGCUCAAUUGAUUUUUGUCCUUUCCUAUUGAUUGGAUUGAUUUUGUGUUUGCUUUACUUCGGUCUAGUCUGUUUGGCUACCGAGAAAACCGAGGAAAAGAAGGGGGAAAGUUAGCAUGGAAAUAAUCGUUUUGUCCUUUGUUUUGAUCGUUGUUUGUAUUAGUUUAAUUGAUUAUAUAAUUCAGCUGAAGAAGGAAGUCGAGUGCUUUUGUUUAACCCAAUCCCCUUUGUUGUCCUUUUGUUAAUUUGUUUGAUUGUUCUUCAAUCAUCCAUGUUUAAGCAGAAAUGAAAACUCUAUGCUUAUUAAACCCAGAUAUGGUUUCUAUACCGGUUCUGAUAAAUCGAGCUCCUUUUUGUCUAUUGAGUAGCUGGAAGAAACAUCCACCAAUGACACGAUGUGCUGCAAUUUGGGGCGGCUAAAGCCCGAGGAGUCUCCAUCUUUGUCAUCAUCACCAGAUCCAUCACCAUCUUCAAUUACUCUUGAGGAAAGCAGAAGAGCCACCACCAUGAAUAAUCAUCAAAAUCAGCUGACGAUUUCGACUGAUGAUGCCCUAGCCAGCUUGCUCGAGCUAGCAGCCAACGAUGACGUUGAGAGCUUCAAGCUCUCGAUCGAGCUAGACCCGUGUUGCAUGGACGAGAUAGGACUAUGGUACUGUCGUCGAAAGGGGUCCAAACAGAUGGUCAACGAGCAGAGGACACCUCUGAUGGUUGCAGCAACUUACGCCAGUGUUGGUGUGAUGAAGCUGAUUCUCGCCUUCUCUCAGGCCGACAUCAACCAAGCCUGUGGCGUGGACAACACCACCGCGCUUCACUGUGCUGCUUCUGGUGGCGCAGCAAAUGCUGUUGAUGCUGUCAAGCUCUUGUUAUCAGCUGGUGCUGAUCCUAAAGUGGUAGAUGGCAACGGUCUAUGUCCGGUUGAUAUCAUCGUUGUCCCGCCAAGGCUGCGAGAGAUGAAGCUGACCCUUGAACAGCUGCUUUGCCCCGAUCAAGGUUCUGUUACCGAGCGGAGUAAUCUGAGGGUUUUCAUUGCCAACAGCACUCACAGUAACGACUCUCCACCUCUCUCCCCGUCCACGGAGAAUAAUGGUGCAGAUUCUCCCAUGAAGUAUGCAAAGAUGGACCCGCUGCCUGCUCUAUUCGAGAAGAAGGAAUAUCCGAUCGAUCCAUCGUUACCAGACAUAAAGAACAGUGUGUAUUCUACUGACGACUUCAGGAUGUAUUCGUUCAAGGUCCGACCAUGCUCUCGUGCCUACUCUCACGAUUGGACAGAGUGCCCCUUCGUCCACCCGGGGGAGAAUGCUCGUAGGAGGGACCCCAGAAAGUAUCACUACAGCUGUGUUCCAUGUCCCGAUUUCAGGAAAGGUGCAUGCAGACGUGGAGAUAUGUGUGAGUAUGCCCAUGGUGUGUUUGAAUGCUGGCUUCACCCUGCUCAGUAUCGCACCAGGCUGUGCAAAGAUGGCACCAGUUGUGCCAGGAGAGUCUGCUUCUUUGCUCAUACUGUGGAAGAACUUCGUCCUUUGUAUGUCACGACUGGCUCAGCUGUCCCUUCACCUCGCUCCAGCGCCACUUCUGGGAUGGAUUUUGCUGCUGCGAUGAGCAUGCUGCCACCUGGCUCCCCUUCGUCGCUGUUCACUCCACCUAUGUCUCCCUCUGGUAAAAACGGCAUGUCGAAUGCUUGGGGGCCACAACAGCAACAAGGGAAUGGAGUUCCGGCAUUGCUUCUGCCAGGAGGAAGUAGUAAUCUCCAGUCAAGUCGGUUGAGAUCUUCCCUUCACGCGAGGGAUAUCCCCAUUGGAGGGGACUACAACGGCUUGCUGCCGGAUAUCGAUAUGCAGAUCUUCGACGAGCUAUCUGCUCUCACUAACAACAACAAUAACAACUCAUUGAACCGCUCUGGUCGUAUGAAGAUCCUGACGCCGUCAAACCUUGACGACCUCUUCUCUGCCGAGACCUCGUCGUACUCUCCUCGCUAUGCCGAUCAAGGAAUGGUCUUCUCCCCGACCCACAAGCCAUCGGUUCUGAAUCAUCAGUUCCAGCAGCAGCAGAGCAUGUUGUCUCCCAUCAACACCAGCUUCUCCCCAAGGAGCGUGGUUGAUCACCCCGCUGCGCUGUUGCAGAUGUCGUCGCCAAGCAAUGUAGUGGAGCCCAUUUCGCCAAUGAGCGCUCGGAUUUCGUUGCUGGCUCAGCGGGAGAAGCAGCAGCUGAGAAGUCUGAGCUCGAGGGAGCUGGGGUCGAACAUUCCAUCUGCCCUCAUCGGUGGUGGGGGGUCACCGGUGUAUUUGUCGAGAUGGGGCUCGUCGGGUGGGAGACCGGACUGGACUGCCAGCACCAAUGAGCUUGGGAAGCUUCGGAGGUCAAACUCGUUCGAGCUUGGGAAUGGGGACGAGCCGGACUUAUCGUGGGUUCAGUCCCUGGUCAAGGAGUCUCCAGCUGAAAUGAAAGAGAAGAUGAUGCCAAUGCAGCCAGGUAGUGGUAGCUUUCCUUCUUCAGGUGAGAGUAUCUCAAUGAAUGUGAACUCGCAGAUUGAUUCGAUUGAUAAGGCCAUGGGAGCGUGGAUUGAGCAGCUCCAGAUAGAUCAGCUUGUGGCUCAGCAGAACUAACAGAUGAGCUAGCCACAGUUUUUGAAGGUGUAACGUAACGAGUUGAUGAAAGUGUGAGAGAGAGGUGACUGUUUUUUGGCUUCUAGGGGUCAUGUUCUUCCUUUUGCCACACAUCAAUUCAAUGUGUGUCUGUGUUACCCUAACCUGAAACAUUUGUUGUAUGAUGUAAUUGUAUAGUGUGUAAUGGGUAUUACCCUGACACUUUCUAAGUUUCUAUUAAUGUUAUGCAAAAAAAAAUGUUACUAUUCGAUUGAUGGACUUCUGGUGGUUUGGAUUCUCUUUUUAUUCCUUUCUAUUCCUUUCUAUGCCAGUAAGCUUUUUUUUUUUUAAGCAUUUUUUGGGAUUGCUAUUCGUCGUCCUAAAAUCCUUUAUUAGUUGCUUUAAUUGUAUUAAAUUUACUCUAAUGUU